AUUAUCCGGGCUUGACCAGGGUUAAUGGGCUUAAAUAUAUUAUCGGGCUUUUAUAAACGAAAUAUUACGAAAAUAGCCUCGUCUACUCAAGAACCGCUCUCUCUCUCGAUCUCUCUUCUGGGCAGAAAACUUCUUCUAAGCUCUGAAUCGCUUGUACCACGUUCUGGUGUAAGCUUUGAUUUGCUCAUUCUUGUGUGUUCGAGCUAAAUUUUCGAUGUCUGGAGAUGAACGAAUUGAGAUUUACGAGGAAGGAGAGGAAUCCAUGGAUGUGAAUAACGAAGCAGAAGUGAAGCCCGAGCUGGAAAAAGGGAACGGAGAUGAGAACGUCUUGCAGUUCCUUGAUUCGCUGGAUGGCUAUUUAACGCUUAUGGAUUCUGUGAAUUCAAAGCUUCGAGAGGGAUGGCUUGAUCUAGCUAGUGCUCGACACUCUAUGGGAACUUUGCGUAUCAACAGCACUCUCUUAGACCUCAAGUAUCAUCCCGCUGCUUCAACAUUGCAAGUGACAGACCAGGAAGUUGAAUCUUUGGGAUCAGUACCUCGUUUUGCUUUGUCCAAGUGGGCUUCCAAGGGCAGUAGUGGGAAAGGCAAAGACUUCUCUACUGAUGCAGAUUCGGGGAUGGGCUCACCUCGUAGCCCACAGCUACGGCAUCGAGGCGUUUCUGAAGAGAAACCAUCAGCCAAGGAUGAAACCGUGUUAGCAGCUGAUGAAGAGAUUAAGAAAGAACGUGCGAAAUCUCUGUCGGUAUUUGGAGGUCUAGUCUCGCCUAAGCUGCGUGGCGCUCAAUUAUCAUUUGAGACGGCUCUUGAAGCUCUUGUGGAAAUAGCCAACACGCGAUCAACGAUGCUGUCUGCCUUUGACCGGAUCACAAAGAAGUAAAGUUCAUAGGAAACAACUGACCCUGAAAUAUGCUCAAUGGAUUCAGAGAAAGCAUAAUGGAACCACUCUUGAAGACGAGGUUUGGUGAUGCCUUUCAUCGAGCCAGAGAGAUAGAAUGUGCCAAUGUAUGAGCUCGAUUUUUAUUUUAUUUUUACAAUUUGUAGCUACCACAUUCGGGUGUUAACACAGUAUCUUCCGAUCUGGUUACCUUUUACCAGAUUUUUUUACAGACAUUGAGCUAAAGAAAGAUCCAAAUAAUUAAACAUUUUGGAGAAGAACAGAAAAUCUUGUACAAAGUACAUUGGUCCUUUUAAUAGUUCUCCAAGACGAAAGCAACAAAUAUUUCUUUC